ACCCCCCUCUUUUUUUUUUUACCCCUGUCGGAUUGUCCCGCGUUUGAAAUCGUUUACGUUCAGCGCCGGGAGGAAGGAUCCGGUUCUUCAGUGACUUACAAACUCGGACCCGUGAUCCUUCCUACCCGUGGAUAAAAGCCUGCAACGUCCUCGCCGAUUCGUCCGAGGUGCAACGACACGGCCUUCCAAUGGUGUGAAUGGUGCCGUCGCCGCAGCGAGCCCUAGCAGCGAAUCAGUGUGCCGCCGUCGACGGUGCCGCGGGACCCCGACUCGGCUGCUGUGCCCCUCCUCGCGUUUGGUCUCCAACGUGCCUGCGUGAGGCAUCGUCUCGUCUUGUGAGCACUACGCGACGUGGUCCAUCGGAUAUGUGAUUGCGCGGCGGCGCCGCGACCCCCACCUCGGCUUGCCGGGGGUCAGCCUUGCUACAGCGCAACGUCUGCCGUUCGAGACAACCGAGUCGUGUGUGUUCUUUUUUUCUGCUCCGCUCCGAGGGAACAGUAGCGAGUUCGGCGGCGGUUGCUGCUGCUGCGGUCAAAUAUGGCGGACGCAGACCCCGAAACGCUGCUCGAAUGGCUCAACAUGGGCCAAGGCGACGAGCGGGACAUGCAGCUCAUCGCGCUCGAGCAGCUCUGCAUGCUGCUGCUGAUGUCGGACAACGUGGACCGUUGCUUCGAAAGCUGCCCACCUCGCACUUUCCUACCAGCGCUGUGCCGCAUAUUUCUCGACGAGGGUGCACCCGACAAUGUGCUCGAAGUGACAGCCCGGGCUAUCACCUACUACCUGGACGUGUCGGCCGAGUGCACACGCCGGAUCGUGGCUGUCGAUGGCGCCGUCAAGGCCAUGUGCAACCGUCUUGUGGUUGCCGACGUGUCCUCGCGCACCAGCAAGGACCUCGCUGAGCAAUGCGUCAAGGUGCUGGAGCUGAUCUGCACUCGGGAGGCCGGCGCCGUCUUUGAAGCGGGCGGCCUGCAGUGCGUGCUGUCCUUCAUCCGGGACAAGGGCUCCCUGGUGCACAAGGACACUCUGCACUCGGCCAUGGCCGUGGUGUCCAGGCUGUGCGGCAAGGUGGACACCAGCGACGCCUGCCUUCCGGCCUGUGUGGAGGCCCUCUCCCUUCUUCUCCGACACGAGGACACACACGUAUCCGACGGUGCCCUCCGGUGCUUUGCCUCCCUGGCGGACCGGUUCAUGCGGCGGUCCUUGGACCCAGCACCUCUGGCGGAGCACGGCCUGGUGCAGCAGCUUUUGGGGCGCAUGGCUCACGCUGCAGCGCCAGCAUCCUCGCUGCUGGCACCUCCGUCUGGCGGCGGCAUGCAGAGCGGCGGCACGCCGGCACCAGCUGCCACACCAGCAGAGCCAAAAUCUUCACCGACAGUGUCCACCAUCAUCAGCCUGCUCUCUACACUGUGCAGGGGUUCACCAGCCAUCACACAUGAUCUGCUAAGGUCAGAGCUUCCCGAUGCCAUCGAGUCGGCCCUUCAAGGAGAUGAACGGUGUGUUCUGGACACAAUGCGCCUGGUGGACCUUCUCCUGGUGCUCCUGUUUGAAGGCCGCAAGGCACUGCCCAAGGCCGGCGUGGCCUCGGUCUCCACGCGCCUGAGCUCCCUCCGCCGGGUGGACAGUGCGGGGGGCGAGCGCACCCACCGGCAGCUCAUUGACUGCAUACGCAGCAAGGAUACGGAUGCACUCGUGGACGCCAUCGACUCGGGCGGCAUCGAGGUGAACUUCAUGGACGACGUGGGCCAGACGCUGCUGAACUGGGCCUCGGCCUUCGGGACACAGGAGAUGGUGGAGUUCCUUUGCGACAGGGGCGCUGACGUCAACAAGGGCCAGCGCUCCUCUUCCCUCCACUAUGCCGCCUGCUUUGGCCGCCCUGGUGUGGCCAAGGUUCUUCUUCGGCACGGUGCCAACCCUGACCUGCGCGACGAGGACGGGAAGACGCCCCUGGACAAGGCACGCGAGAGGAACGAUGAGGGCCACCGGGAAGUGGCUGCCAUCCUGCAGUCUCCCGGCGAAUGGAUGUGCCCAGUGGGGGAGUCGCCCGGAGAGAAGAGGUCGUGCGGGGGAGGUGCUUCGUCAUCUGGGGCCGGCGGGGUCACGCCUGGCGAGCCAGAGGACGAUGGCGAGCCCAAGGGCGACCCCGAGAUGGCGCCCGUCUACCUGCGGCGUCUCCUGCCCGUGUUCUGCCUCACCUUCCAGCACACGCUAAUCCGCUCAGUCAGGAAGUCCAGCCUGAACUUAAUCAGGAAGAUGCUGCACUACAUCCAGCCUUCACUACUCAAUGACAUGGGCAACACAGAGAAGGGUGUACCAAACUUUGCAUCACUCGUCGUCGAGGUUCUUGCCAGCGUCCUCGAUUCUGAGGAGGACGAGGACAGCCUGCUGAUCUGCCUGCAGAUGAUCCAGGAGGUGAUGACCAAGGCCCCCACCAUCUUCCUGGAGCACUUUGCUCGCCUGGGGGUCUUCUCCAAGGUGCAGGCACUGGCCGGAGGAGGGGCCGCUUUGUCAACUGAGCACUCCUCCGACGAGGCAACGCCGUCCUCUACGGCGCGGGGCCCCCGUGAGGAAGUGGCCAUGGAGCAGCCGACCAGUGCGGCCCAGGAGGAGGAGCCUCAGCCGCAGGCCCAGCAGCCAGCGCCCCAGGAAGACGCGCGCGAGAUCGUGGCGGGCCGGCCGUACCACUGGCGCGACUGGAGUCUGGUGCGGGGGCGCGACUGCCUCUACCUGUGGAGCGAGGCGGCCGCCCUGGAGCUCUCCCACGGCUCCAACGGCUGGUUCCGCUUCAUCCUCGACGGAAAGCUCGCCACCAUGUACUCGAGCGGCAGCCCCGAGGGAGGCUCCGACUCCUCUGAGAACCGGGGGGAGUUCCUCGAGAAGCUCCAGAGGGCACGCACCCUGGUGAAGCCACACACCCCGAGUCAGCCCCUGCUGUCGAGUCCCAGUGCCCUGCGACUCGUAGUAGGCAACUGGUCGCUGUCGUGCCGGCGGGAGGGCGAGCUUGCCAUCCACAACUCGGACGGGCAGCAGCAGGCCACCCUGCUGCGUGAGGACCUGCCCGGCUUCAUCUUUGAGUCCAACCGGGGCACCCGGCACUCCUUCACGGCCGAGACCUCCCUGGGGCCGGAGUUCGCUGCGGGCUGGGCGGGCCGCCGCGGAAGGCGCCUCCGCUCCAAGAUGGAGGCGCUCAAGCAGAAGGUGCGGGUUCAGGCGCGGGACAUCUACAAUGCACACUUCCGGAGCGCCCAAGCGCAGCCCCGGGUGGUGGUGACAAGGCUGUGCAAAAUUGUGGACCAGAUUGACCGUGCCUGCCAGAAGCAGCUCUCCAGCUGGCAGGAGCCGCACUCGGACUGGGGUCGUCAGCUGAGGCUGGCCCUCCAGGAACUGGUACAGCUCCUGCAGGACGAUAGGGCCGUGUCUGCCUACGAGCUGCACAGCAGCGGGCUGGUCCAGGCACUGCUACGCCUGCUCGGAAAGAGCGGUCUGGAAGGGAGCAAUGGCCAUCUGGCUUGGAGAGCCAAUCGCCUGCUCAAGGACAGGGUGCACAUCUUCAAGAACUGCUUCCACGACAAGCCUUACGGCAACGAGAGCCGUUCUCCAUUUGUGACCCUGCUGCGUAAACUAGUCAUGGUGCUGGAGUCGAUAGAGAAACUGCCAGUCUACCUGUAUGACACGCCUGGCUCCGGCUAUGGCCUUCAGGUGCUGACGCGGCGGCUUCGGUUCCGCCUGGAGCGAGCACCGGCUGAGACGUCCCUGAUUGACAGAACAGGGCGAGGCCUGAAGAUGGAACCGCUGACCACGGUCGGCCAACUCGAAAAGUAUCUGGUCAAAAUGGUGGCGAAGCAGUGGUACGACUAUGACCGCUCAACAUUCAACUUUGUCAAGCGCCUCAAGGAACCUGGUGCGCGCUUCGUGUUCAACCAUGUGCGGGACUUCGAUGAGAACGGUCUCAUCUACUGGAUUGGAACCAACGGGAAGACAUCGUCCGAGUGGGUGAACCCAGCCCAGGUGGGCCUCGUAGUGGUGUCCUCAUCUGAAGGGCGCAACUUGCCUUAUGGCCACCUGGAGGACAUUCUCAGCAGGGACCCCUCAGCUCUCAACUGCCACACCAAUGAUGACAAGCGUGCCUGGUUCUCGAUAGACCUGGGUGUCUGGAUCAUCCCCAACUGCUACACCUUGAGGCAUGCCAGGGGCUACGGCAGGUCGGCGCUGCGCAACUGGCUGUUCCAGGUGUCCAAGGAUGGCUCGACGUGGACGACUCUGUGGAGCCACACGGACGACUGCUCCCUGAACGAGCCGGGCUCGACUGCUUCGUGGGCCCUGCCUGGCACGGCCGAAGAGACCCAGGGCUGGCGCCACGUACGCAUCCAGCAGACGGGCAAGAACGCCUCCGGGCAGACCCACUACCUGUCCCUGUCCGGCUUCGAGAUCUACGGCACGGUGACAGGCAUCUGUGAUGACCUUGGCAAAGCAGCCAAGGAGGCGGAGGCGAACGUGCGCCGUCAGCGCCGACAGAUCAAGCAGAUGCUGAAGUUGAUGGUGAGCGGGGCUCGAGUGGUGCGGGGUCCCGACUGGAAGUGGCGCGACCAGGAUGGCAACCCUGCUGGCGAGGGCACCGUCACUGGAGAGCUGCACAACGGCUGGAUUGACGUCACUUGGGACCACGGUGGCUCCAACUCUUACCGCAUGGGUGCCGAGGGCAAGUAUGACCUGCGGCUAGCCCCCGGCUACGAUCCGGACACGGCUGCAGCCUCGCGUGCAUCCUCGGCUUCGGGCAGGCCCGCCAAGACGGUCACCACGGACAGCGCGGCUGCCCGUGGGAGCCUGCCUGCCGCAGGAUGCUGCCUGACGAGCCGCAAGAGCUCCUCAGCUUCCAGUCUAGUCCCAGAUUCUUCCGCAGCUCCGCAGACGAUGGAGCAGCAGACUGCAGUGUCGGCUGAAAACCUGACCACAGUCAAGGCGGCUGCCGAGGCCAUGGCCGAGAACAUGCUCAUUCGCGCACGUGCCGAGGCUGCACUGGCCACAACGGGUUCGGAGCAAGACCUUCCCGAGCUACCGCUUGUGCCGGCCACUGCCAGCCAGCCCAGAGUGCUUCAGGCGCCGCUCAACAGCCUGUCGCCAACGAUGGAAGACCCCGAGACGGAGGACUCCACUGCUCAGCAACCCGCCUCGAUGGCUGCUGUGACAUCAACCGCAACAUCGACCGGCCAUAGCAUCAAGACGAGCGGCCGCCACCGUGACAGCGCUCUGCUGCACCACACCCGUGCCGCUCCGUCCUCGGGAGGCGGCACCGGCUCCGAGGCCAGCCGCACGGGCUCCUCCAACAGCAUGAGCGUGUCGGUGCCAAACCUGUCGCUGACACUGGGCCACACCAACGAGUCCGUGGCCGGUCUGCUCGAGACGUUUGCAGCCGUACGGCGUGCGGGCAGCAGCAAUGCUGGAGGCGGUGCCUCCUCGGCGGGCAAUGCAGCCGGGUCGCUGCUUCCGCCGGCAGUGAGCGCGGCCGUAGCCAGCGGAGGAGGGUCGCUCUUCUCGCGUGGCUCGAACAAUGUCAGCUCGCUUGUCCGCUUGGCACUCUCCUCAAACUUCCCAGAGGUGCUUGCCGACUUGCUUGGUGACAUAGCUGUCGGCAAUGAGGCGUCCUCCCAGCUCGGCAAUCAUCUGCCUGCUGGUGGCUUCCUGAGCACGGCGCAGAGCUAUCCGAGCCUGACCAGCACCACGACCACAGCAGGUGGCACAGUGGUGGGUGGUGCCGGUGGGGGCGGGGGCUUGACCGUCAGCCUGACCUCCAUGUCAAGCGAGAGCGAGCAGGACUUCCUGGAGACCUGCCGGGCCACGACGCUCAUGGCCGACCUGGAGGACGACGACGACUUGCCCGAUGACGACGACAACGAGGAUGACGACGACAAUGAGGAUGACGACGACUACGAGGAUGUUGUCGAGGAAGAUGGCAUGGAGCUGCGCAGUGGCAAGCGCCGUAGCUGGGAUGAUGAGUUUGUGCUGAAGCGGCAGUUCUCGGCACUGAUCCCGGCGUUCGACCCUCGCCCGGGCCGCACCAAUGUGAACCAGACCUCGGAUCUCGAGAUUCCUCCGCCAGGCACGGAUGAAACAAACGCCGAGGAAGUUCGGGAAUCGACGCUUCAGCCACGCUUGCAGCUCACUCUCAAGGGACCCAACCUUCCUGGGGUUCCAGACCUGGAAGUGGACUUGGUGGACCCUGAGUGGACCAUCUUCCGCGCAGUGCAACACUUGGUCCAGGCAUCCGAGAUGGGCUCCAAGCAGGACAAGAUUCGCCGCAUCUGGGAGCCCAUGUACAUAAUUGUCUACAAGGCAGCCAAAGAAGACUUGUCACCAUCAAAAGAGGAGCUUCCUCGGCCGGUGCCUGUGGUACGCCCUGCAUCGAGCUGCAAGGGCAGCUCGCGGGAGGGCGGCCUGUCCGCUUACUGCCCAGGCACGGGCUCUGCCCUGGAGGACGGCGGCUGCCCUGUUGACGACGUGCUCCAGCUGCUGCGUCUGCUCAGCACACACCGCAGCCGAUCCAGCCACGGAUCCAUUGGCAUUGAGGACAUCCUGAGCACAGUGACCGUGGAGGAUUUCCUCAGCAAGAAGAUCACCAACAAGCUGGUGCAGCAGAUCCAGGAUCCCCUGGUGCUGUCGUCUGGUGCCCAGCCAGACUGGUGCGAGCACUUGACCUACAAUUGUCCCAUGCUGUUCCCGUUCGAGACUCGCCAGCUUUACUUCUCUUGUACUGCAUUUGGAGCGUCACGGUCGAUAGUGUGGCUUCAGAACCAGCGCGAUGCCAGCGCGGAGCGCCACCGUGGGCCUUCUCCGCGUCGAGAGGACCCCCACGAAUUCCGGGUGGGCCGCCUGAAGCACGAGCGAGUGAAGGUGCCUCGCGGGGACAAGCUGCUCGACUGGGCCAUGCAAGUGAUGCGCCUGCACGCUCCACGCAAGACCGUGCUCGAGGUUGAGUUCCAGGACGAAGAGGGCACGGGCCUGGGACCCACCCUGGAGUUCUAUGCCCUAGUGGCCGAGGAGCUUCAACGACGGGACCUGUGCAUGUGGCUCUGCGAGGACAUACUCACAACCAACGACAAGAAGCCCGUGGCGGCCUCCUCCGACCCUCGCACCACCGCCACCGGGCUGGGCGGGGAGAGCUCCAAGCCGCCGGGCUACUACAUCCACACGGCGUACGGCCUGUUCCCGGCACCCCUGCCCCAGGGCAGCCCCUGCACGGCCCGCGUGUGCGCUUCAUUCCACUUCCUGGGCAUCUUCCUGGCCAAGGCCCUGCAGGACGGCCGUCUGGUCGACCUGCCCCUGUCGCGGCCAUUCCUGCGCCUGCUCUGCCAGGGCCCGUCCAGCUCACCCCUGGCCCAGUCGGCCACGGGAUUCCCGUCGCAGGCGCACCACACCGGCCUGCCCGGUGCCGGCCACAUUGCGAGCGGGUCGGUGGCUUCGGGUCGCCAGACGGCCACCGCUCGGGAGCAGUCCAUCAACCAGAUGAAUUCACUGAUGACCCGUGAGGAACUGGGCGGAGGAGGUGGCUGCAUGGCCGAGUCAGUGGCACCAGUCAGGAGGUCCUCUCAGCAACAGCAGCAGCAGCAACAGCAGCAGCAACAGCAGCAGCAACAACAACAUGCCUGGUUUAGUGGCAUCCUCACCCACGAGGACUUCAUGGAGGUGAAUCCGCACCAGGCACGGUUCCUCCAGCAGUUGCGUGAGCUGUCGGCACAGAAGCAGCACAUCCUCGGGGACAACUCUCUGAGCCAGGAGGACAAGCUGCGACAGCUGCACAACCUGGCCUUCCCCGCGCACGACGGCACGGGCAUGUCCACACGUGUCGAGGACCUCGGGCUGACGUUCGAGUUCAACCCGUCGUCCAAGGUGUAUGGUUUUGAAUCCGUGGAGCUGAAGCCCGGAGGGGAGCACGACGAGGUGACCCUCGACAACAUCGAGGAGUUCACCGAGCUUCUUGCCGACUUCUGCCUGCACACGGGCAUCCGGCGGCAGAUGGAGGCCUUCCGCGCUGGAUUCGGUAAGGUGUUCCCCAUGGAGAAACUGGGGGCAUUCAGCCCUGAAGAAGUUCGGCUGAUGCUGUGCGGCGAGCAGAACCCAGUCUGGAGCCGUGAGGACGUGUUGAACUACACCGAGCCAAAGCUGGGCUACACUCGGGACUGCCCUGGUUUCCAGCGUUUCGUCAACGUCCUGGUUGACAUGACGGGGUCCGAGCGCAAAGCCUUUCUACAGUUCACCACGGGCUGCUCGUCACUGCCUCCCGGUGGCCUCGCCAACCUGCACCCGAGGCUCACCGUCGUGCGCAAAGGGGACGCUCCAGACGGCUCCUACCCGUCGGUAAACACAUGUGCCCACUACCUCAAGCUGCCUGAAUACAGCUCCGAGGCCCUGCUCCGAGAGCGACUACUUGCUGCCACCCGCGAAAAGGGAUUCCACCUCAACUGAAAAAUCCUGUGCGUGUGUGCGAGAGCCCGACAGGGGGCUGGCAGUCCACCGCCGGAACCUCAUCACUGGGCCUUGGUGCGAGUUUUGGUUCUCCCCCCGUGUGUGUCCGGCACAAAGCCUCGUCUCUCUGCCACCACUCGAGAGGCCACCGAAUCCACCUUAAGCGAAAUUGGAGCUGAAGUCUGCGUGUAUGUGGGCAACCCACUGGAUGAAGAGUUCUUCCCCAGAAAUUGCUUUAAGCCUGUAUUCAUGCCUCAUUUUCGUGCCGGGAAGGUGGCGGUGUUCAGAGUGGCUGGCUUCCGGUGUCUGCAAGGUGCCCAGGUGAACUGUCUGUUGUGUUUGGAACAAGUGUAAAUCAUCUGCUUCAACUUCAUCGUCUCUAGGACUGGAGAAGCUGGAACAAAACUGUUUUCAUUUCAAGAGUUGCAUCUUACUAUUAAAAAGAAAAGGAGAAAUUACCA